AUGGACCACCCCACUCUGCCCUUCAGCGAUGCAGAGGCCCACGAAAUCCGGGCGCUCUACAAUUUUCCAUUUUCUCUGGCGCCGACGGACGAGAUUUUGCAAUAUCCUGUCUCUGUCUGGAAGCAAGGAAACUACAUCACUGCUUGUAUUAGACGUGGCCUGAGAGAAGAAGCACGGAAGGCGAUGCAGCAUUCUUUCCCAGUCCCACGCCCCCAGGACAUAUCCCACCUACCCAACGAGCUCCUAUUUGAAAUAUUCGAGAAGUUGCAUCCCCUCGACUUGUAUCACCUAUGCCAAACGUCGAAGGACCUUAGGGAAUUGUUGUUAAACGGCGAGGCCUUCAGCCAUGUGUGGAAGGCCGCCUACGAGAACUAUCCAAGUAUUCCCUUAUGUCCCCAAGAUGUCAGCCUGCCGAAAUGGACAUCACUAUUAUUUGGGCCGGAUACUUGCGAUACGUGCGGCGCCGAACACGCAAUGACGGACAUCGCUUUCCGAGCGCGCUUCUGCGACAAUUGCAUGGAUGAAUACUAUUUCACCCGCUCCGACUUGAAGCGUGUUAUUCAAACCGGACCGAACUACUACGGCGCAGCAUUGUCCCUCACUCGCUCAAGUACUCGAUCAUCCGGCAUAAAUUACACUAAGCACGAGUCGAAGCGCUUUCUAAGAAGUGACGUCGAACGAAUCUGUCAGAAGAUGCAGAAGCGCGCUGCGAGUGCAGAAUCAGGAGUCUUGGCAGCCAAUAUUGACUCGAGCAGAGAGUUCAGCGAAUUUCUGACCCACAAGAUGCAUACUCGAGAGUGCAACAAGUGGUGUCGAACUCAAUACACGCUUUGCGAAAGAAUGCACGAGGCAACUACUCAGGCGCUAGCGAGAAGGUUCGCCUCCCAUAAAUUUGCCAAGAGCUUCGACCCACAGGAACUCCUCUCACCGUCCGUCACCACCUCCCUCUACGAGCUUUUCCUCUACUCCGGCGUUCGCAAGCUCCGCGGGCCCACUUUCCGCUCUUCCCUCACCUCCAUCUCCAAGAUCUUCUCUGAGGCGCGCGUCCUGCGCCUCGAAAGCGAGCGCACCCAACGCGAGCACGCUAGAUGCAAGCGCAUCCAUGAUGAAUUCGACGGGUACAUGGCGACCAUGCCCGCACGCAACUGGACCUAUCUCCCCCUCUGCGGGCGGGUAUUUAACCACCCGAUCGUGCAGGCGUUCGUGUUCAGCGAGACGGCGGACCCCGGCCCGGGCAAGAGGUCACCGACGUUUGGCGAGGUCGUGUGUGAGCUGAAGCGGUUCAUCGUGACGUGCUUCGAGGACCAUCAGAAGGAUUUGUAUGCGGCGCUCAAGAUUUUCGACUCCCGAGAGCUCAACCCCGCUCGUUAUCCAGCAACGGUGGAUAGAGUCGACCUCGCGACGACGAUCUUCGUGUGCCCGGUUUGCCAGUACAAGGCAGAGCGAUUAGGCGCCGGCGAGUCCGUGUGCAUCGGUCGGCGCGAGCUGGGAUUGCACGCGAACUGCUGGGAUCCCGAAUCGCUUCCGAGCUCGUAUGACGGCAGCUGGAACGUCCGACUCAGAGUCACUCCCGAAGGGACAAGGGCUGCUAAUUUCGUUGUUGGACUGUUGGGGCUUGAUGGGACGACUACGACCGCGGAGAAGCUGGACGAAAUUGACGCACGCUUCAUUUGCAACACUUGCUAUUUGGACGACGAGUGUGGUGCGAGUGGACGGGAUACGUUGACCUGGCGCGACUGUAUCUCGCACCAAGUGAAGAUGGCAGACGAAGACGGCCACGACGAGCCAUCUUUUAUCCUCCUCCCUGAAGAAAUCUCCUCCUGCGUGCGCUUCCACGAACAACCCUUCCCGCCACCCAAUUCUACCAUAUGGAGCUGCAUGCGAUGCACGGACCACCUAGCUUCGCGGGUAACCCGCCAGACCGUCAUCGCCCAUUUCAAGCAAUUGCACAGCCCAUACGCCUUCUACGACCCCAUCGAGGACGUAGACUAUUUUUAUUUCCCUCAAAGCUACGAGAUACCUGCAAGGCAGAAGGUCCGCCUUCCGUUUGAUACGCCGCAUAGGUGCAUGAGGUGUCCGGAGCACCUGAAUAAGCGCUUAUGGAGCUGGAAUGCCGUUCAUACACAUCUCAAGGACAAGCAUGGAAUACGAGCGCCGGCGGAGAGUGACUGGAAGAAUGUUCAAGUCGGGAACGAGGAAGAUGAGGAGGUUCCUGCACCAAGUGAGACGGAAUGUUAUAAUUCUAUUUCUAAGUUCCAUCAAAUGCACACUAUUAACUGCCUGUAA